CUGCAAUAUUUAUUAUCUUCUCAAGGCCAACGGUGUUGACAAUACCGCCUGUACACGUUUUGCUCCAGCUGUACUCCUCACAAUGGACGUGUUCGGCACUGUAAUCACAUCAGGCACUCUUAUCCUCCAAUUCCUAGGUGCCUGCGCCGAUUUCGAUGAUGCAGCCCGGAGACUACAAGCUGAAUUCGACUGGGAUCUCCGAGCUUUAGAAGCAGUUCAAACCUACUUUCAACAAAGAGCCUCCCAAUCAGCCAACAACGAGCUGGCCCCCAAGGAUGCGGCGUUGUUGGAUCGAACUGCGACCUAUUUAGAGGACCUUGUUAGCAAAGUGCAGCGAAGUCUGGGUAAAAUCGAGCGCAAGGGCUUUGUUGGCAAAGUUGUCAACCGAGGGCUGUGGAUAGCGAGACAAGCUGAUUUGAAGGAGAUGCAACAAGAAGUUCACAAUUGGACAACACGCUUCCACGUUCGCGUGCUUGGGCUCCCUGAAGAACUACGAACUGUUAUUCCAGUCGCCAACGAGUCAGAAGCCCCGGCUGUCAUAAAAGCUAACGACAAACUUCGCAACUUUGUUCAAACUGCCACCAGUAUCAAACAGGCACGAGCUAAGGAAAUGUGGCUAGAAAACUCAGACAAAGUCACAUCUGAGAUCGUUAGCUGGGGAAGUGCUUCAUUUUUGCCGCUUCCACUCGAUGGAGAACAGCUUAUCCUCUCCAGCCGCGAAAUCCCACCAGAUGUAAUGGAUGGCACGAAGAUAUUCGAAGACCUUAAAUCAGACUUAGGCAUGCUAGCUGCAGCCCUUAACUGCUUGGAUCCAGCUGUCGACCUUCGGCUUCUGAAAGUGGAAUAUUAUCUCUACCACGCUAAAAGCAGACAGUUCCUCUUUGUUCACAAGGCGCCUCGCCCGACUAUUGCCAUGCUGAAGCUGCAAGACGCUGUCGACUGCGACUGUUUUCCCAAUACCAAAAGCCCUCUGAACGAGCGAUUGAAGAUCGCUGUACAGCUUGCCGAAGCAAUUUUGUUUCUUCACUCCGCCGGAUUUGUUCACAAAAAUGUUACAUCCCCUAGUGUCACUAUGCUCGAGUGGUCAGAUUCGCCUUCGCAGAAUGUGGCAAGCGGACCAAACCUGCAAAACGCCUAUCUCAUGGGCUUCGACUUGAUUCGCGACAUAGAAGCGAGAACCUACCAGGAAGGUGCAAUUGAAGAGACACACAGUGACCCGAACUGGGUGUGGAACUUUGGUAUCUACCAGCAUCCUGAUCGGCUGGUAGGUGCGAAGAGUUUAAGAUAUACCAAGACGCAUGAUAUCUAUAGUCUUGGUGUGCUGCUACUAGAGAUAGGCUUAUGGCAACCGCUUAAAGCUGCGUUACAACGGUUGGACAAAGGAAAAUCGACUAGUUGGGCGGACGAUCUCUUGAAGAUUGUGCCAAAACUAGCAUCAAGGGUUGGCCGGAGAUAUCAAGAGGUUGUUGCAUGGUGUCUCGCUUUAGACGGCAAGUCUAUUGUGAAAGAGGAUGAUUUCGUUAACCAUGUCUUGAAACCAUUGGAAGAAAUUGUAAAUAGUAUAUCAUGAACAUUUAGUUUCUUCUAGAAAUUUAUGCUGUCGAACUUGA